CCAACAACGAAUAAAAUAAAAGCCCAUCAGUACUAACAAAAGCCGAUGCCCAAGCCCACUAUUAGUCUAAUCAAAUACAAAAAGACAAGGUAAAGCAAACUCCACUCCAGCUAAACAAACAAACAAAAGCAUCCAACGUUAUUCAUCGGAGGAAACCUUCCUCUGUCGCUCUCUCCUCUUCGCUCUCACCCUGUCUGUCUCUCGCUAUCAAUAAUGUCCUUACCUCUAGUCCCCGCUCUAAUCCUCCUAUUAACGCUAUCAUCGACAGCUACUUCCCACGACUCCUCUUCUUCUUUUUUCUCGCCCUCCUCAUCCGCCCCUUCGCAAUCACCAACGCUAUCCGACUGGCAACCCGCACGCGCCACCUACUACGCGGCGUCGGACCCCCGGGACACGGUGGGCGGGGCAUGCGGCUACGGAGACCUUAAGAGGGCCGGGUACGGCAUGGCCACGGUGGGGCUGAGCGAGACGCUCUUCGAGCGCGGGCAGAUCUGCGGCGCGUGCUUUCAGCUGCGGUGCGUGGACGACCUGCGCUGGUGCAUCCCUGGCACGUCCAUCAUCGUCACGGCCACCAACUUCUGCGCUCCCAAUUACGGAUUUACCCCCGACGGUGGGGGCCACUGUAACCCUCCCAACAAGCACUUCGUCCUCCCCAUUGAUGCCUUCGAGAAGAUCGCCAUCUGGAAGGCCGGCAACAUGCCCGUUCAGUACCGCAGGAUGAAGUGCAGAAAGGAAGGGGGGAUCCGAUUUAGUAUCGAUGGUUCAAAUAUCUUCAUCUCAGUGCUGAUCACAAAUGUUGCUGGUGCUGGUGAUGUAGUAGCAGUGAAGAUCAAGGGAUCAAGAACUGGUUGGCUUUCAAUGGGUCGGAAUUGGGGGCAAAACUGGCAUGUAAAUGCUGAUUUAAGGAAUCAACCUCUUUCCUUUGAGGUCACUACCAGUGAUGGUGUGACACUUGCAUCUUACAGUGUUGCUCCCCAAAAUUGGAACUAUGGGCAAACGUUUGAAGGUAAGCAAUUUGUUUCUUAAAGGUCCUAAACAUGUUUUUUUGUCCUGCCUUUUUUUUUUUUUUUUAAGGGUGUAUAAUCAUCGUUCGAUUGCAAAUGUUGUGCUACAAAGAUGUAAGGGAAAGCAAAUGUAUUUGCGGAAAUGUGGGAGAUAAAAAAUCAAUCAAUCCACUUCUGAAAAAUCUUAAUUUUUGUA